UGCCUGUUUUGCCGAUAUUUUGGUAGAGAGGAAGCACCCAAGGGCAAACGAAAGCGUACUCAAAAUAUUAAGUACUACAAGGCUCCUUUCCGACCCCAGAACUACAUCGAGCACAAUACUUCCGCGCACUCAGCUAAGUGGGGAGAAUACACAGGUCUCAGCGACGCAGAGAAGGCUGUAUUUUUUGCUGAU